AUGACCGUCGCCACAAGUGACCACAUAGAUGAAGCUGCGGCUCAUCCGGGUCAACCUCAGGACACAUACGACCCGGAACCAGACCACGAGUGCUGCGAGCGAGUGGUCAUUAACAUCUCAGGUCUACGAUUUGAGACACAGCUUAAGACACUCUCUCAGUUUCCUGAUACUCUGCUCGGGGACCCUAAAAAGAGGAUGCGCUACUUUGAUCCACUAAGGAAUGAGUACUUUUUUGACCGGAAUCGACCCAGCUUUGAUGCCAUUCUAUACUAUUAUCAGUCUGGUGGACGGCUACGGCGGCCAGUUAAUGUCACUUUGGAUAUUUUCUCAGAGGAGAUCCGCUUCUACGAACUCGGCGAGGAAGCCAUUGAGAUUUUCAGGGAGGAUGAAGGAUUUAUUAAAGAGGAAGAGAAACUACUGCCAGAGAAUGAGUUUCAAAGGCAGGUGUGGUUGUUGUUUGAGUAUCCAGAGAGUUCUGGUCCAGCCCGGAUUAUUGCCAUCAUUUCCGUCAUGGUCAUCUUAAUUUCAAUCGUCAGUUUCUGCCUAGAGACACUACCUAUUUUUCGCAAUGAAGACAUGGAGAUGCACAAAGCCUACACCAGCGACUCCAACUCCACAGUGAGCUAUACAUCUACCUACUUCACUGACCCCUUUUUCAUCCUGGAGACACUUUGCAUUAUUUGGUUCUCCUUUGAGUUCCUGGUCCGUUUCUUUGCCUGUCCAAGUAAGGCAGGCUUCUUUGUGAACAUCAUGAACAUCAUUGACAUUGUCGCCAUCAUUCCAUAUUUCAUCACACUGGGGACUGAAUUAGCUGAAAGUCCAGAAGAUGGUCAACAGGGUCAACAGGCCAUGAGUUUAGCAAUUCUCAGAGUGAUCCGAUUGGUGCGAGUGUUCAGGAUCUUCAAGCUCUCACGUCACUCAAAAGGUCUUCAGAUUCUGGGUCAGACUCUCAAGGCAAGUAUGAGAGAAUUGGGGCUUCUUAUCUUCUUCCUCUUCAUUGGAGUCAUCCUCUUCUCCAGUGCCGUGUACUUUGCGGAAGCAGACGAAGCAGAUUCCCAGUUUAUCAGCAUUCCGGAUGCUUUUUGGUGGGCAGUAGUAUCUAUGACCACUGUAGGAUAUGGAGACAUGGUUCCGACCACCAUUGGGGGUAAAAUUGUCGGUUCCUUGUGUGCUAUCGCCGGUGUCUUGACCAUUGCUCUUCCAGUCCCUGUCAUCGUGUCCAACUUUAACUACUUCUACCACAGAGAGACAGAGGGAGAGGAGCAGGCACAAUACCUCAAUGUGACCAGCGCCCCUAAGAUCGACUCGACGGAGGAUCUGAAAAAGAGCCGAAGCGUCUCCAGCAUGAGCAAAUCUGAUUACAUGGAGAUCCAAGAGGCUGUGAACAACAGCAAUGAAGAUUUCCGUGAGGAGAACCUCAAAACCGGCAACUGCACACUUGCUAACACCAACUAUGUCAACAUCACCAAGAUGCUCACUGAUGUAUAG